GUGUCGUCGUUACUGCAGAAGAGACCAGCAUUAUAUGGGUCAAGGCAAUCUUGGAAUCGGAAAGAACAGCAACUCAUUGGCCUAAAGUAAACCUGCCUUUAUGUUCCUUAACAUUAGGUGAAAUGGUGAACUCUCUGAUAUCCAUGUUGCAUGUCGUAUCGCUGCUGUAUUCACAAUUGCUGCAAUGUUAUUAGGCUUUCAUUAUGAAAUGAUUGUGGAUAUUCUGGGAUUUUGUCCCCUGCCCUUUGUAUGUGGAACAAACAGACUUGGAAAGACAAAAUGUUCAAAAGCCGCACUAAGUCUUGUAGGAAAUGGAUAAAACUUCUUUUCAGCAGUAAGGGAAAGAUUCAUCCCCAGGCUAUGCAGCAGAUCAACUUUGCCUCCCGUGCUCGACGACGUUAAAAGCCCCACAGUUAUUGAAAAUGUUGCGGUCUCUUUCUACAACAGUGGCAAAGACGGGACAUGUGUUUUCGAAACAGCUCCUCGAACGAUUCCGAUGUUCACAGUCAAUUGGGACACUUUAGAGGGAUUAAACAAUGACCCCAGAGUACUUGGAAGGUUUGUCCUAAUUCCCUUUCAAGAAGAAGCAAGAAGUCCUUUCGGAAUGGAGAAUCAACAGAACGCAGAAUUCGAAAACAAUGCAAUAAUGGAAAGAGGGUCUAGGGCUUUUGGGACCAUGGUGGCAAUUAGCAGAUCUGUCGAAUACCUCUGCAUAACGAGAACUAAUGAGCUCUGUCAACAAUUUACCAUUGAAGCACCGAACAUCGACGACUGCUGUUUAAGAAAUCAUGCACUUUUGGAAGCAUUUGCUGAGAAGGUAAUACGGCUGGCAAGUAUUGAUGAUCUCUAUCCAAGCAAUGCCAUCGCUUUUUUCAAACAAACAAUCCUGCCAGUGUGGAUGAAGCGAUUCCAGACCAACCAAGCGCAAGUGUCUCAUGCAAUGCUUCAAACAGAACAGCCAAUUAUCGUGGACUUAAUAAUGAAGUCAAUAGAGCACAAAAUAUCUUGCAAAAACUUACUCACUUGCGUGAAUCCAAAAGUGACAUUUACGUCAAGCUCAAGUGGAGUAAGACUAAAUGGAGUAGCAGUGGCACUGAAAUGGUUUUUUGCCUUGUUAAAAGAUCACGGAGUUCUGUUUCCGAAUGAAGAAAGAGUGAGACAAGAAAUUAAGUCUCUCGACAUUGGGGUGGUCAAUGGGCGAAGCCAGUAUUUCAUACCAAAUGCAAAUGGUGAAAAGAUCAGCAGAGGCUCAGAUGGAGUAGAAACUGCUUCCAGAAACUGCUUAAUUAUACAACAAUCUGCAUUUGGAACCUUCAACAUCUUAGAGACAAAUAUCGCAAGAGACAGCUUGGGGUCCACCGCCGAAACCAGCAUAAAUUAUUCAAACACAGCGUCUACAACUGAAAUGGAAAUUGGUAAACGCAGCAGACCGUCAACAUCUGGAACCAGAAGAUACAAAUCAAACACACCGUCCACAUCCGACAAUCAAAAUGGAAGAACAAACACAUCACGUGACGUAAAUGCAAACACCACGCAAAACUAAAAUACAUCUUGAACGAUAACUUCUAUAGUUUUGUCCCAUGACUGGCUAAAGCCAAAAAUACAUCUAAAUUUUGUCAAGCUCCCCCUGAA